AUGGCAAAGAUUCAGCCAUUCGUAGACCUCUGCCAACUGAAACUUGACAAAGCAGCUGAGAAUUUGAAACUAUUUAAGGCUGAUUUGCUGGAUUACAACUCCAUUUCUGCGGCCAUCAGGGGCUGUGAUGAUGUAUUUCAUGUAGCUAGUCCUAUUCCUUCAGGCUCUGUUCCCAAUCCUGAGGUUCCAAUCGAUCAACAAGGUAGUUUAGAACCUGAAGAUGACUAUAGUCAAGCAAGCCAUGCAAGUUCUUCUAAGCAAGCCAUGAAUUUUGACGAUCAAGCUACGUACGGUUGCUUUCUGGAGAAAAAAAGACCUGGAUUCUUGUUUUUGAGUCUUAAAGGUUGGUUCUCUGUCUUUUCUUGCUCUCUGCAGCUCUGGUUUUUGGAAGGGCAAAACAAGUGA